GGCCUCGUUCCGGAGCGGGCGGGCGCCGAGCGCGGCGCGGCGCGGCGCGGGCGGGCGGGCCGGCAGGGGAUGCCGCUCGGGGCGCCGCGGUCCUCGUGCCAGUGAGCGCCUCGCGCUGCCGCAGCCAUGACGGUGGAGUUCGAGGAGUGCAUCAAGGACUCGCCGCGCUUCAGGGCAACUAUCGACGAGGUGGAAACGGACGUGGUUGAGAUCGAGGCCAAACUGGACAAGCUGGUGAAGCUGUGCAGUGGCGUGAUCGAGGCUGGCAAGGCCUACGUCACCACCAACAGGCUCUUCGUGAGUGGCGUCCGCGACCUGUCCCAGCAGUGCCAGGGCGACACCGUCAUCUCGGAAUGUCUGCAGAGGUUCGGAGACAGCCUGCAGGAGAUGGUCACCUACCACAUGAUCUUGUUUGACCAGGCCCAGAGGUCUGUGCGGCAACAGCUCCACAACUUCGUCAAAGAAGAUGUGCGGAAGUUUAAGGAGACUAAGAAGCAGUUCGACAGAGUUCGGGAGGACAUGGAGCUGUCCCUGGUGAGGAAUGCCCAGGCCCCAAGGCACCGGCCCCACGAGGUGGAGGAGGCCACGGGGGCCCUGAUCCUUGCCCGGAAGUGCUUCCGCCACCUGGCGCUGGACUACGUGCUCCAGAUCAACGUUCUCCAGGCCAAGAAGAAGUUUGAGAUUUUGGAUUCUAUGCUGUCCUUCAUGCACGCCCAGUACAGCUUCUUCCAGCAGGGCUACAGCCUGCUGCACCAGCUGGACCCCUACAUGAAGAAGCUGGCGGCUGAGCUGGACCAGCUGGUGAUCGACUCGGCAGUGGAAAAGCGGGAGAUGGAGCGCAAGCACGCCGCCAUCCAGCAGCGGACGCUGCUGCAGGUGAGUGGGCGCCCACCCUGGGGGGAGGGGGCCCCCGGUGGGCAGGGCCUCUGCCCUUCCCGCCCCGCGGCGUUUCAGCACCAAGGACACCUCCACGGCCGGCCCCGGCGCGGCGGCCCUGAGCAGCUCCCAGAGCGCGGCCCGCUCCAGCCGAGGUGGCUGAGCUGGGACCGCGUCCCCUGCGUCCCCUGCGUCCCCUUCGUCCCCUUCGUCCCCUUCGGGAGCAGCUGCAGCUGUCCCUUCCCGCCCCCACUCAGCCAGGGGAGCAGGUGGCUGGGCCUCCUCUCCCACUGCCGGACACCCAGGACAACGCUAAGUGUCUCCCCAGCCCGCGUGAAUGGAGCUCUGUCAGGCUGGCCGGGGCAGCCCAGCUGGCGACGUGAAUGGGGGGCAGCUUCCUUCCUGAUGCCAGGGCCUGCUGCUCUGCCAGGCUGGGGGGUGGGGGCUGGAGCUCUCCGGGCCCCCAGCUGUGACGGGAGGCGUCUGCCCCCACGGGGUUUCGGGUCAGGAAGCGGCUGUGAAGAACCCCCCUCCACCUUGCCUCUGGGGCAGCCCGAGAGGGUGGCGGUGUCCCCGCAGCCGCGGGCGGGUGCUCACUGGGGGCCGGGCUCCGACCACCCCCAGGACUUCUCCUACGAUGAGCCCAAGGUGGAGUUUGACGUGGACGCUCCCAGCGGUGUGGUGAUGGAGGGCUACCUCUUCAAGAGGGCCAGCAACGCCUUCAAGACGUGGAACCGGCGCUGGUUCUCCAUCCAGAACAGCCAGCUGGUCUACCAGAAGAAGCUCAAGGAUGUGCUGACCGUGGUGGUGGACGACCUCCGGCUCUGCUCCGUGAAGCCCUGUGAGGACAUUGAGCGGAGGUUCUGCUUUGAGGUCGUGUCGCCCACCAAGAGCUGCAUGCUUCAGGCCGACUCGGAGAAGCUGCGGCAGGCGUGGGUUCAGGCUGUGCAAGCCAGCAUCGCGUCCGCCUACCGGGAGAGCCCUGACAGCUGCUACGGCGAGAGGCUGGACCGCACGGCGUCCCCGUCCACAAGCAGCAUCGACUCUGCCACGGACUCUCGGGAACGCAGCGUCAAGGGCGAGAGUGUGCUGCAGCGCGUGCAGCACGUGGCUGGGAACAGCCAGUGCGGCGACUGUGGGCAGCCGGACCCGCGCUGGGCCAGCAUCAACCUGGGCGUGCUGCUCUGCAUCGAGUGCUCGGGCAUCCACAGGAGCCUGGGCGUCCACUGUUCCAAGGUGCGGUCCCUGACCCUGGACUCGUGGGAGCCGGAGCUGCUGAAGCUGAUGUGUGAGCUGGGAAACAGCACCGUGAACCGGAUCUACGAGGCCCAGUGCGAGGGGCCGGGCAGCAGGAAGCCCACGGCCAGCAGCCCCAGGCAGGACAAGGAGGCUUGGAUCAAGGACAAAUAUGUGGAAAAGAAGUUCGUGCGGAGGCCGCCCUCGGCACCGGCCCGGGAGGCCCCACGGCGCUGGCGGGCACAGAAGUGCCAGCGCCACCACAGCUCCCCCCGUGCCCACACCACCCGCCGCGGCAAAAUCCGGAUGGAGCCCGUCCCGCCCUCUGUGGCUGCUCUGUGCUCAGGCUCCACAGAGCCCAGGUUCCGCAGGGACUCCCUCUUCUGCCCGGAUGAGCUGGACUCCCUCUUCUCCUACUUCGACGCGGGGGCUGCUGCAGCCGGUCCACGCAGUCUGAGCAGCGACAGCGGCUUAGGGGGCAGCUCCGACGGCAGCUCGGAUGUCCUGGCCUUUGGCGUGGGCUCCGUGGUGGACCGCGUCGCUGAGGAGGAGGGUGCCGCGUCGGAGGAGUCCAGCGGCGAGGCGGACGGAGAGGCGGAGGCCUGGGGCCUGGCGGACGUGCGCGAGCUGCACCCCGGGCUGCUGGCGCACCGUGCGGCGCGCACUCGAGACCUCCCCGCACUGGCCGCGGCUCUGGCGCAAGGGGCCGAGGUCAACUGGGCCGACGCGGAGGACGAGGGCAAGACGCCGCUGGUGCAGGCUGUGCUGGGGGGUUCCUUGAUCAUCUGUGAAUUCCUCCUGCAAAACGGAGCAGACGUGAACCAAAGAGACAGCCGGGGCCGGGCGCCCCUGCACCAUGCCACGCUCCUGGGCCGCACUGGCCAGGUCUGCCUGUUCUUGAAGCGGGGGGCGGACCAGCACGCCUUGGACCACACGCAGCAGGACCCGCUGAGCAUCGCGGUGCAGGAGGCGAAUGCAGACAUCGUCACGCUUCUCCGUCUGGCGCGCAUGGCCGAGGAGAUGCGUGAGGCCGAGGCGCCCCCCGGCCAGCCGGGCCCCCUGGUUGGCAGCAGCCCCACCGAGCUCCAGUUCCGCAGGUGCAUCCAGGAGUUCAUCAGCCUCCACCUGGAUGAGAGCUAGGGCGGCCGGGCCUUGGCGGGACCCCCACCGGCCCAUUUCCCGAGAGCCCCGGAGCUCCUGGAGCCCUGCUGCCUGCUCCGCCCCGCUCGGGGCUGCCCUGACCCCUACGGCCCGGAGCAGGACCCCAGCACUGAGUCUUCUGAAGCUCCAUGUCUCCCCCGGGAGGUGCUGCAUCACCCCACCCAGGGACCCUGUGUCUUCGGGUGACCCCUCCCUAGGGGGCCUGGGUUGCUCGUGUCACAAACCACUCUCAAGGCCCCACGUCACCUCGUGCCCCUCUCUGCUCCCCCAGGCCCGUGUCACCUCAUGACCCUCUAUCCCUGGGGCCCAUGCCGCUUGGUGCCCCACUCUGCCCUCAGGGCCUGUGUCACCUUGUGCCCCCACUUUACUGCCCAAGAACACUGACCUGAUAGUAGGGGCCCUCCCACACCCCCGGAACCCCUCCACUAGGCCCUGGGGCUGGCGGCUGGCCGCCAGCAUGUGGCGAGGGCAGAAGGGGCCACCCAUCCAGGGAAUCAACCCGCGUACCUCACUUAGUGACCCCAGCAUCCAGGCUGGGCUUCUUGGGUGCUUGGGGGGCUCUGGCCUGGGGCCUCAGCCCUGGCUGGGUGCGGAUGUCCCGAGGCCGUGUGGCUGGCCAUGCAGGCCCUCGUGCCCCGCAGCCCCGCCCAUCCCCCCCCCCCCGCCCCGCCCCGCCCGCCUUUUCCCACAGCGGGUGGCAGGGGUGUGGCUCUUCCCACCCCUGCAUCCGAUGUCCUUUGUCUCCUUUGUCACGGACUGAGGGGUUUUCUACAAUGACCUCGUUCUCACUUUGUCUCGCGUCUUUUCUCUGGACUCAAGGACCACUUUGACCCCCAGCUCUGCCUGCUGCUAGGGGAGGCGACUGCAGCUCAGCCCUGCCCCCUCACCAGCCUUCCCCCCACCGCCGGCUUGGCCCGUGGGGCCUCGGCUCACCCCCCAGGGCCCUCUGAUGCCUUCUGCCUUCCCCUUCCCAGAGCCCUGGGGCACUGGCUGGGCCUCUCCCCAGCUCGGGCCCUCGGCCAGGCCAAGGCCAGUCGGUUGCUCACUAUGCAAGGACUGCCCAGGGAGGCCCCGUGGGCAGCAAGGUGGGUGCGGACUGGGCCCCCAGCUCCCUCGCCUGCUGGCUGUGACCCCUAGAGAGCAGCAUUAGCGCCUUCCUCUCUCCCUGCUUGAGCUCUGCCCCCACCUCCCGCCCCACUG